UAACCUAUUUUGUCUUAAUGUUAAUUGAAAAGCAGUAAUUUAAUUUACAUGCAAAAUGGUAUGUAAAGACACUCUUAAGAUAAAAAAUUUGCCAAAAGAGUUAUCAGAGGCUCAAAAAGAAGAUUUCGCACGUCAUUUUGGAGCCUCAAAAGUGAAAGUAAUAACAUCUCGAGUGAAAGAAAAAUCUGUUGUAUAUGCGAAAUUUGAAUCUGAAGAAUUAGCUAAGAAUGUUUUACUUAGAUUACACCAAAUAAAUGUUCUAAAUUGCAGACUUUGUGUAGAAUAUGCAGAAAAUGAUAUUCUUCAAGGUAAAUCGCAACUGAAAAAGGUUGAAGAAAGUGACAUUAGUAAUAAAAAAUCUUUUAAGACAUUUGUAAGCAAAUUGACUGCUUUUAAUGAGUCUGUUGGUUUCCAUCAGCCUCCUCCUUCUCAUCUAAAGUAUCUCUACCCCAAACCAAACAGAGCUACGAUAAAUAACAUUGCUCAUGCCUUAGCUACUAUACCUAGAUUUUAUACGCAAGUAUUGCAUCUAAUGAAUAAGAUGAACUUACCUCCACCAUUUGUUGUUGAAUCCCCACCGGUAAGAACUAUAACACCGUCGCAACAUCCUGUAGUACAAAGGCCGGUAGAAAAAGUGCCAACUCCAGAGAUAAAGCCUGCAGAGAGUUCCUCGGAAUCGGAACUGGAGAGCGAUGAAGACAGCUUUAGGAAUCGAGAAUACACUCCUCUGAAAAGGAAAGCUCCACAGAAACAAGUUGUUAAAAGACCGAAAUUUAAUAAACCUCCAGUUGUACAAGUCACGAGUUCUGUACCUAAAUCUGCAGAGAAAACAGAGAAUGUGUUUGAUAAGGUGGACGUUCAAGUUCAUAAGAAAAUUGAGGUAAAGGUUACGUCAAACGUGCUAGAUCAGCCCAAAACAAAUCAACAGGGAACUGAAAAAGUUGGCUCGUUUGGAAUAUUAUUGCCUUUAGAGAAGCCUGACGCGACCAAAGAAGCUUCACCAAUUCCCGAAAAACCACCCGAAGAAGAAAGAACUUCAAUUACAACUGAAGAACUAGCAGCUAACCGAAUAUCUCAUAAAGAUCUUGGUGUUUUACCAGUUUUCAAGAACUAUCAUGCAGGUGCGCCGACAUGUCGGUUGUACAUUAAAAACUGUGCGAAAACUGUAGUUACGAAAGAUCUCGAAUAUAUAUUCAAUAGGUAUAGAGUUCCAGAAGGUGAAACACCUAGUCAGUUUGAUAUUCGCCUGAUGCAAGAGGGAAGGAUGAAAGGUCAAGCUUUUGUAACUCUAGACAGCGUAGAACUUGCUCAUAAAGCCUUAAAAGAGACCAACGGGUAUAUUUUGAAAGAUAAGCCUUUGGUAGUUGUUUUUGCUAGAUCUGCUGCGCAGAAGAAAUAACAAUGUUUUUGUAUCUGUAAUAAUAGUUAUUUUUUAAA